AUGGGCACACGUGAUGAUGUCCCUUCAGCCAAAGCUCUGGCUCCUGUGGCCGUGUACUGUGGAAGCAUCCCUCGGGUCAGUGCCAGGCCACGUACACUCCCGGGUGGCAGCGUGGACUCCAGCCUGCAGGCCUACGAAGAAGCCUCCCUCCAGUCUGUGCCGAAUACCCUGCUAGAGAAGCCAUCACAACGCCUGAGUGGACCUGGGGACACUGGCAGCCUCAAGCUUGAUGCCCACUUGAAGGGCUGGCAGGCCAGAAAUGGCCACCCCAGGAGCCUUGGGGCCUUGCCUUUGGGGCCCCACCCUCUUGCACCCCUCCCCUCACUGGAGUCGGAGGCCAGCAGUGUGGCCCGGGACACCACCCAGAUCAAGGACAAACUCAAGAAGAGAAGGCUCUCAGAGGGUUUGGCAGCAUCUUCCCAAGUCUCUCUGGAUCCUGGGGGAGGCCUCAAAGGAGUUCCCCUGAGGAACACCAUCCCCCGUUCUACUUCUCAGAGGCUGUUGAGGGUGCCCAAGCUGAUGCCGCCCAUCCAGAGCAUUCCCAACACCCCCGAGGCUGGUGGAGCCAAGGAAAAGGGCCUGGACCCACCCAUAAGUGGCCAGGGUCCCCAGGAGGUGACACUUGGUGCCCAGGAGGUGAAGAUCUCCCCACAAUAUCUACACUGCAAUGAUGAGAAGAUGCGGAAGUCUCUGGGAGGCAUCGUAAUCCCGCCCAUCCCCAAGGCCAGGCUGCCUGCUGGGGCCUCCCCUAGUGUGCCCCAUUCCCUUCCCAGCCCCUUGCCUCCAGGCCAGGAUGUCCUCACAGGACUGAGGGCCCCACUUACACGAUUGGUUCGGGAGAGUGGGCCUCAGGAGAAGAUUCCUAAGUCUCUGGAGCCGAGACUUUCAGCCCCAGUGGUCAGAGACAGGGCUGCUGCUGGUGAGAAGACUGCUCUGCAUUCAUCUCAAUCUGUUCCUACACUCACAGGCGUCUCCUUCAGCCACGCCAAAGAACCCCACCCUUUACUAAAAGAAAAGGACCAAAAGGAGAACAGCACCAAGAUCCAAGUCACCAUCUCUAAGUCUGCUCAGGAGAAGAUGCGGCUGAAGCAGAUGAAGGAAAUGGAGUUGUUUCGGAGGGCAAAGGAGCCAGAGCGGGAGAGGGAGCUCACUGCCCAGAGCCUGGGCUCCCGGAGAACCUUGAUGAAGGAAGGCCUUCUUCCCCUCCGGGGCAGCGGGACCCAGUCUGUGCCCACUGGACUGAACAGCCCAUGUAGAAACAACAUUGGCAUCAUCCCCAGGAAGCGGGCCAACAGGUUCUCACUCCCCAGCAUCCCUGUCAGCAAGCAGGAGCCCAGCUUUGCUCGCCAUGCUUCAGCCAACUCGUUGCCAGCGGUGCUCACUUUGGGGUCUCCUGAAUGGGAAGAAGAGGAGGAGGAGAUGGAUCUCAGAGCCUUUAAAGAGUUGAGGCCUUUCUCGAACCCGGAGCUGGGGUUGAUGGAUGCCCUCCAGUGCCUCAGCAGCAGCGACUGGCAGAUGAAGGAGAAGGGCCUGGUGAGCAUCCAGCGUCUGGCGGCCUGCCACUCAGAGGUCCUUGCCGGGAGGCUGCACGAUGUGUCCUUGGCCGUGACUGGGGAGGUCACCAACCUCCGCUCCAAGGUGUCCCGCCUGGCCAUCAGCACUCUGGAAGACCUCUUCCGGGCCUUGAAGAAGAACAUGGACCAGGAAGCUGAGGAGAUCGCCCGCUGCUUGCUCCAGAAGAUGGGCAACACCAGUGAAUUCAUCCAGAGAGCAGCCAACCGGUCACUGGGGGCCAUGGUGGAGCACGUGACCCCUGCCCGAUCCCUGGUGGCCCUCACUGCAGCUGGUGUCUACCACCGAAACCCUUUAGUCCGCAAAUGUACAGCUGAGCACCUCUCCACCGUCCUAGAACAGAUCGGCGCCGAGAAGCUUCUCUCAGGCACCAGGGACAGCACAGACAUGCUGGUGCACAACCUGGUGCGGCUGGCCCAGGACUCCAACCAGGACACCAGGUUUUAUGGCCGGAAGAUGGUGAAUAUCUUGAUGUCCAAUACGAAGUUUGAUGCAUUUCUGAAACAGUCCCUGCCUUCUCAUGACUUGCGGAAGGUCAUGGCAGCUAUUAAACAGCGGGGAAUAGAAGAUAAUGAAGAAAUUCCAUCUGCCAAAGGCCGCACGGUGUCAAGGAGUCUGGUGGUGUGUGAGAACAGGCUGGCCAAGGAUGGACUUGGUUCAAAUGGUCCACGCCUAGUGGGGCUACGCUCCUCCAUGAGGGGUGGCUUGGAGAUGGUGGAGCAGCUACGGGAGCUGAUGCGUUUGCUGGAGGCCAAGGAAUACCAGUCUCGGAUGGAAGGGGUAGGGCAGCUCCUUGAGUACUGCAAGACCAAACCAGAGCUCAUCACUACCAACCUAAUCCAGAUCUUUGAUGCCUUCACCCCAAGGCUUCAAGAUUCCAGCAAGAAAGUGAACCAGUGGGCACUGGAGUCUCUUGCCAAGAUGAUCCCCCUCCUCAAAGAGAGCUUAUACCCCAUGCUGCUUUCCAUCAUUAUUGCUAUCGCAGACAACCUCAACUCCAAGAACUCUGGGAUUUACACUGCUGCUGCCACUGCACUGGAUGCAAUGAUUGAGAACCUGGACAAUCUGUGCCUUCUGCAAGUGUUUGCUGGGCGUGUGCGUUUCCUGAGCGGCCAUGCGGUGCUUGAUGUCACAGAACGUCUGUCAGUGCUGGUGACCUCAGUUUAUCCCCGGAAGCCUCAGGCCGUAGAGCGCCACGUCCUUCCUGUCCUUUGGUACUUCCUGAACAACAUGACUGGGAAAGGCAUCCUGCCUGGGCACAGCGGGAAUGUGCGUACGGCUGUGAGCCGGCUGUCCAGGAGUCUCCAGGAGCAGAUGGGCUCCCGGUUGCAGGACUUUGCCACUGGCCAGCCAAAGCAUGUCCUCAAAACACUCCAGGAACUCCUAGACACGGAACCCCUUUGAGAUGGCCACCAAGUCACUGACAGAGUGGCUCCCUACUGCAACACAACCGGCAGCUUAUGCCCCUUUCAGCUGGAUUGA